UGCCAGUGAAAAGUGACCUACACGUCCCCCUGUGACCUUGGCGUUCACUUAUUGCACAUGAUGCUGUGUGUUUGGUUUUCGUGGUCCUUUGUGUACUCGGCGUCUGACCACUUAAUGCCUGAUCACCAGGUCUAAGGCUGCAUUUACUUAUUAUGCCUCUGUUCGAAAACAUAAGAAAAUGUGUCACAAGGCGUCAUGGAUUGCAACGGAGGUUGACGAAAGUUUUUUUCAACGUCAAAUUAUGUGACUCAUUCAAGUCGUGUAAUAUACCAUCCCAACUCAAGGAACUUUUGGUGUACAUAGCUCAAGAUGGCGUUACAGUGACGGAUCUGUUUCGUAAACCCGGCAACCCACAAGACAUCAAAAAGAUUAUAUUGGAUCUCGAAUCUGGUUAUUUCAUAAAUUGGAGAGAUUACAGUUUCUACACGCUUGCAAAUGUAGCGAAGAGGUAUUUAAUACACUUGGAUGGGGGCAUCUUCGGACGCGAAGCAGAAGAUUAUUUACUUGAACUGCUUGACUCUCCAGAUGAUCAGUCACGCAUCGAGUCUAUGCACAGUGUCAUCGUCUCGCAACCGCAGCCUGUACAGCAACUGCUGUCUCUUUUAUUCGGAAUCUGGUUCCGUAUGAUCUACCACACCGAAGUGAAUGCGAUGUCCGUGGAAGCAGUCGCAAAAUCGGUUGCUGGUUCUGUGUUCCCGAAUAGCACCACAUCCCCCGAAAAGGUCGAAAGGGCUUCCAAAGUUAUGGAGUAUUUGAUUACAGGUUUUGCUUCCGCUGAUUUAUUCAGUCGAGAAAUGAUUGAAUAUUUCACGACUGCAACUAAAACAAGCAUUUCGCGUAUUGAGAAGUUCAAGUACGAAUUCCGAUUUCCCAAAAAUUUACCUCGGGAGAAAUCCGUCCGCUUGUUCAUGCGUUUACUUUUAGAGGAGAGUAAGAAACACAACUUCCAUCUGAUCAACGACGCCGUGUCCAAAGAAACCUUUGAAAAUGCCAACUGGGCAACCCUCUAUUCCCCUUCUUCGAGGGAUAGCAGCAUCCAGAAUGACGAUUUCGGAUGUCCGGCCAAGAAACCGAUGAUACAUCACGGCAUGCUUUGCGACAGUGCUUCGAAUUCAAGAAUGGUGGUCACAACCUCCGACUGUAAUACCCAACCAAAUUCGAGACCGGUCCCAGUCGUCAACCGACGGUACGCCGGUGCUUCAGCGCAGGUGACCGCGAGGGAGGUUGAAUCCGACAACAUUCCUUCUACCAUCGACCCGAUGAAAGAUCCAGUGCAGCAGCUAUCCGAGAAGCACACGUGUGUCACCACUAAUCCCCUCCAACGGCAAACAUCGAUGCUUGAACGACCUGUUUACCCGAGGCAGAGUAAGCUCGAGUGUGAUGCCGAAUUUAACCAGGCUGGUUCCGUGCUUUCCCAUCAUCCGUCCAACCGUGUUACUGGAUUUACUGUUGAAGACCCUUGUAAGAAGUCAGGUCGUUUGGGCCCUUCGAAUGCAGUUUGUUUCAGUUCUGUGAAGCGACGUCAACUAGAACGUCUUCAGAAACGUUCCGAUUGGUUCCUCAGCCCUCCCGCCGGCCUACGAUCUAGUGGUCUAAUGCAUCUAGACCCUAGCACGCCGAAACUUCCUCCCCAUGACACAAAGGAACCCAGCCCAACCUCCGUAUCCAGUUUCAAAGAACACACCACUCUUCACCCUCCGAAUCUACCCACCGGUAUCCUAGCCCGUUCCAAAUCCCAACGUUUGCCUUCCGAAUCUGGCGUUCUUACCAACAAGAAUACUCAGAUGAUUCUGUCUACUUAUCCUGAGCCCACUAACUAUAUGGCGGAUGACGAAAUCGGACGUUUGGCAAUUGUGGAUCCUGUUCGCUUGUGGGACACUAAGUUCACUUGUGACUCAAAAUUGUUCCACGUCUCCCCGCCAGCGUGUGCUAGUUCCCCGAAUCCAUCGACGCACUUUAACUCAGAAAUUGAUUCACGCACAUCGGAAGAGAAAGAAAAUUAUCCUGAGAUUGAGACUCGGUACUACGUGGUCCAGCGGUACUACGGCCCCGAGCCACGGAUGCGAGACGCGCUUCCGGCCAUUCAUCGCAUUGCUCUCACCGCUGGAACCAACCCACCAUCCUUCUCGAUAAACGGAACCUAAGGAUGUUGCUCGGAUUCGUUGUAUUUCUUUUGGUGAUCCGGUUGUUCGCUUUUCCCCGUUAGGAAAUCGUUCCUUUUUUUCCCUUUGCAUUUUUCCAAGUGAUUUAUUCCGUUCCUUCGUUAUCUUCCCACUGUGGACUGUUUCACUUUGUGUGUAUCCAGAGUGUGACUGUUUCACUCCAACAGUCUCCCCAUUUUAUGGCGUGUUGUACCGGUUUUAAAUGCCCAGUUACCAAAGCACUUCCCGCAUCAUCAUCUGUUUUCAAGAAUACGCUUGUCGCUCAGCAUUCACGUGCAUGAAUGCGUUGUGUACAUUCAUCAACUUUCCUUCAAUAUCUACUUCGUCGAACCCAUGGAACACUCUUCCCUCUGGCUUACAAGUAUCUAUUGAUCUCGAUCCUCCUCCUAUCCACCGAACAAGCUUGAGCCCUGAUUUUUCUCCUAUACCUUGACUGUCCUUCGUCUCCACUGUGGUCAUGUGUAAUCUCCAUCCGCUACGUAAACACGUGGUUUCCUGUGUGUUACAACUCGACCCGUACAGAACUACAACUUUUAGUAGAACCCAGUAUUCGGUCCGUAACGCCAUGGCAGCAGAGCACGUCAGUUUCUGCAGUACACAAAAUGUCCCAAACAUCACGCUUCGCAUUUGUU